GACCCCUAGCUGCGAGGUUGGCGCUCAUGCAUGCAUGCCAGCACACCGAGGAGGAGCUGCCCAGGCUCCUUGCUCGCCACUUGUAAACCAUGCACCGUGGCACCUGUGGUAUCCCCUUGGUUAUAAAAGUAGGACCCUCGCCAACGGUUAAAGGAUUCAGUUCGCACACACACACGCACACACGGACGGACUGAACGGUUCUCUUUUCGGUUUGUUGGUUCGCUCGUUCAACCAACAAGCAGUUCACCACCGGUAGUGACCCAGAGUGGCAAGGAGUACUUAGCCAAAAGGAGAGUACCUGGGAAUCCUCUCCCAGCAACCUGUAAACAGUCGAUCUUACAGUAAUAGAAGCUCAGACAAGUAGGACGUAGGGCUUUACACCAUAAGGUGGCUCGAACCUGGGUAAACAGUGUGUGCAUCCGUUCUUGGUGUGUUCUUACGCUUUGCAUUGGUCCCACCGGCGAUUGCCGGAGCGAUCCCCGUAGCCCACUGCCGAACCUAAAAGGGGGUGUCUGCGCAUCCCCGGUGUCGGAGCCCCGUGCGACGACAAGAGGAACGCGAAUCGGCCGUGCGUGCCCUGCUACAAGUUGGGAAUCCGUCAAUCUGCGUUUCCUCCCUUGUAACCCUCUUUUGCGCCACUACAGGGCCUCAACUUAAACUCUACGAGGCCAAGCUAGGUCAGUGAAUGGUACUAAUGUGUUUUACGGGAAAUUCUGCUCUAAAGAAAAAAGGCAAUUCUCUUCUUCCCUGGCUGCUGAACUAACGAGCACAUGGCAGACCAAUUCCCCUUCGAUCCUACACCUGUAUUUGACACUCUUUUUUUGCAAAAAUAGAGGGUAGGCUACAGCCUUAUGGAUCCUACUUGGUAAAAUCGCCCCUCAUAUAUGUAUGAUGAGAGCAAAGAUCGGAUCAGAUAGAACUGCAACCAACAGAUCAAUGUUGUGGUCUCUAAACAGCAAACCAGUUGUUCGACAACAUAAAGUGAGAUGGUCUCUAAAUCCACUCCCAUGGUGGUUAAAUGGAAAUUAAUCUACACCUAUAUAAUAUAAUAAUAAUCUAUCUAACCCGAAUAAUAAAGAGAGGACCGUUUCCUUGGUCGUCGCUCAACUUUUGUCCGUCGGCCUUACAUGUGGUCGAAUGCAGGCAGCUCUUCUCUCCCGUUUUUCUAUCGAUUCGAAUCCCCAAGACCAACGGCCACCUCCCUCCUGGCUCCCGUGGCCUAACUGCCCCGCCUCUCCCUUACUUGUCCAGGACGAACAGAUCCAGCCGCUGCCCUCCUCUGCAGACGCUGCAUCAGCCACCGCCGCCUUCCUCCCCAGACACCUCAUUCAUCGUCCUCCCCCACGGCUACCGCCGCCACCACCGCACUCCACGAUGGAGGAAGAGAAGGGCAGGGGAAUUUGGCAGCCGCGGCGGAGGGACCGAGGGAGGGGGAGUGGACCUUGGCGGCGGCGAGCAGGGGAGUGGUGACGAGCCGCCUCGCCUGGCGCCAGUACUCGCUGUAUGGCACGAAGGCAACAUCGACACGGUCGUCAAGGAGCACGUCGGCGAGCACGUUCGGCGGGUGGGAGACGAAGAGGUGGUCGACAACAAAUGUAGAACUCCCGGCACUCGCCAUUCAGCCGCUGAGCAACACUGCAGCUAGCGCCCUGACCGCCUGAGCCCUUAGCCGUUGACUCGGGCCUUGGCGCACGCCGUCCCUUCGUCGGUCUCCUCCUUCUCCCAGCUUCCCUCUUCCCUAAUCCUGUAAGGGCCUCUUUGAUUCAUAGUAUUGGAAAAGUAAAGGAAUAGGAAAAAUGUAGGAUUGCAAUGUCAUGUCCACUCGAGCCCUAUAUGAUUUUGUUUGUAUCAAAGUUUGUUUGAUUGGACCAAAGGAUUUCUUCCAAGAGGUUAGAGUGGAUGUAAAUUGCCCUAUAUGGAAUGUAAUACAAAUGAAUCCUCAUGAAAAAUUCCUCACUACAACAAAAAUGCUGAUUUUUGACCCCUCAUUUUCGUCACUAAAUCGCCACUAAAUUCUCUUUGUGACGCUCUUGUGACGAUAAAUGGAUCGUCAAAAAGCAACCGUCACUAAUGACAUUUUAUGACAAUUUAGUGAAAAAGGUCAUAAAGGUUAUGACCAAAAUGGGAUCGUCAUAAAAUUUUAUGACCAAAAGUUUUGGUCAUUAGCUGUCCGGCCUGGACACAUAGGAUCUGACACGGCAGUCCGACGUGGCAAACGUUGUGACGAAAAUAAAUGGUCGUAAAAUGACAUCAGCCCAGUCCAAUCUGGUCGUCUAAAUGGGACGAGCCCAACACAUUUUUUGGACAAUUUAAUUUUUAUAGCCCACCCAUUAUUUUCGGCCUUUUUUUAUUUAGUGUAUUCUCAGAUUCAGUCCAAUAAUAUUUGGGCCAAGACCUUUUUACAUGGUUUUUUUAUUUAAAUAGUCUUCAGACAAAUAAGUCAGUCCAACAUUGUUUUGGGCCAGGGCUUGUUUGCAUCCAGUUUUCGGGCCGAUAGCAUACAUUCAGCCCAUAGGUAAAUCUGUUGAAGACAUGCCUAUAUACAAAUCUGUUCAAGAAAUGCCCACGUACAAAGCAGUUCAAAAAUGCGCAUAUAUAAAAUACAGCUGUUCAGACUAGAUGCCAUAUGGUGUUUGUAGCUGUUCCCGUCCUGCGUGACGGUUCUAGGUCCCUCUGGCGAUUCAGAGCUAGGUUUCCGGCUAGUCCGGCGGCAAACAAAAAUCUUGAAUCAUUCACUGAAUCCAUCCAUUUCUCUGCUCAGAUCUGUCUCUCUAGUGUUCCCCAUGAACAAAAGCUGAGUUAGGAAGAGCAAUUUCGUUCCCAAAAGCGCACAGUUUGCUGUCCUGUGAGACUUCGGAGCGAACGGCGACUAACACCACAAUCCCACCAAUCUGUGCUGCCUUUUCUCGUUUCCAUCUUUCUCUAACCUCUUUCCACCUUCCAAACCCUUCGCGUGUUGCUGGGGCGCGCGAUUGUAAAACAACAAAUCCUAGCUAGCUGGGUGAGUGGCGGCGGUCUGCGGGGGCGGGGGUCUGCGACCAGCGAAAUCCGAGGCGGCGAGUUGCGAGGAGGGAGCAAGCAGCUGGUGCAGAAGCAAUGGAAGGAGUAGAGAGAAGGCUGCAGUCCCUGCGUCUAUCAGAGGCGGAAAAAAGAGGAGUCAGAAUUGGUAUGCGCGAACCAAGCUCGGCCUCUUCGGGCAAGGUACAAGCUGUGGGAAAACUUAUGUCAGAUAGACCAGCAAGAGUAGAUUUAAUAAUCAAUAAUUUGGUGAGGAUUUGGUGUCCUUUCAUGGGAUUAGAAUGCAAGGAUAUAGGAAUGAAUCGGUUCCUUUUUUCUUUUCGGGAGGCAGCCGGGAAGAACAGGGCCCUUAAUAAUGGUCCUUGGAUGAUAAAUAAGAAGUUUCUGGUCAUGGAGGAUUUUGACCCCUCAAAAACAUUAGAGGAAUACGAGUUCAAACACACACAAAUUUGGGUGAGAGCUUAUGGUAUUCCCAUGGGGCUUAUGGAUAAGGAAACAGGGGUACUGCUAGGAGAAGAAAUAGGAGAAUUCAUUGAUGUGGAUGUAAUGAUCAAGCAGCAGGGGAAUAUCUGAGAAUUAAAGUGCGGAUCGAUAUCACAAAACCAUUAAUGAGAGGCACUUCAUUAAUCCUGGAGAAUGAGGAGGAAAAUGCUUCAGAAGAUGAAAAUCUGGAGAUGGAGGGGGAGAAUGAAAAUAAGACCGGAAAGAUGAUUUCUUUCAAAUAUGAAUUUUUACCUGAUUUUUGCUACACUUGUGGCAUUAUUGGACAUAAUUACCGCGUUUGCUCUAUAAAGCUAGCGAGAGGAGAAAAACAACAAUUUGGGGAAUGGCUCCGUGCUGAUGUACCAAGGAAGAGUUCUAGUGACGAGGAACGUUUAAGGGGCCCUGUAGAGAAAGGUGAUUUUUGGCGCUCAAACAGUGAUGGAAGUGGCGGUAGCAAGCAGGGAAGUGAUGCAAUUUCUUGGAGAAAGAAUGUGAUAGAAGCUGGGGGAAGUAAGUUAAAUGAUGGAAACGGGAAGGAGUUUACAAGCUCCCUGAAGAUAAAGCAAGGUGACACAAGUGAAUCAAUGGGUGGAAAUAAGUUAAAUUUGGAAGAGAAGUUUAGGUACUCAGGAAAUAAUAAAGUGAACACAAAGGGAGAUAUUGAUCCGAAAUGGAAUCCACCUGUCUCAGACUCAGCUCCAAUGCAAGUGGAGGGAAAGAAUAAGACUACAGUUUACAAUGAAAAACAUAUAUCGUGGAAGAGGAGAAGGUAGAAGGUGGCAGGGGCAGUGGAGGAUUGAUGGAGAAAGAGAAGAAUCUAUCCAAAGAUGCAUCACAAAUAAACAAAAAGGAAAGGAGACAAAUUAAGACAAGGAGACUGGGUAAAUCUACUGAAAAGGAGGAGAGGGAGACAGCUGGUCUGGAAGCUAGAAAGCGAGGACCUGAAGCAAUGGACAUUGACGAUGGUUUCGUUGGAAACAAGAAACAAAGGAAAACAUCAAGUGAGGUGAAGAUUAUAAAGGAGGUGGGUGAAGAGUUUGGUGAGGAAAUUGAUGCGGGGCAGAAACAAACUCUGGAAAAAACAGAAACAGAUCCGAAAGUGGGAUUGGUGGACCAAUCCCGUGGGGCCCAAUGAAAAUUUUGGUUUGGAACUGCCGGGGUUUGGGGAAUGGCCCGGCAGUGAGAGGCCUUCUGGAUAUCCAGAAGGAGGACCCCGAUAUCCUAUUCCUAUCGGAAACAAAACUGGAUGGGAAGAGGAUGGAGAACUUCAAGUGGAGGUUAGGAAUGGGGAACAUGUUUGCUAGGGAUUGUGAUGGGAAGAGCGGAGGAUUAGCUCUGUUUUGGAAAAAAGAGGUACAAAUUGAACUACACAAUUUCUCACGCUAUCAUAUUGAUGUGGAGGUUGUAGAGAAAGAUGGCUUUCGGUGGAGAUUCACUGGAAUCUAUGGAGAACCAGCAAGUGAUAAAAAGGAAAGAACAUGGAAGCUGCUAAGGAUUCUAAAUCAACAAAUGAGUCUCCCUUGGCUCUGUGCAGGAGAUUUCAACGAAAUCUUAUAUGGCCACGAAAAGAAAGGAGGACCAGCUCGGGCCCAGAAUUUAAUGGGGACAUUCAGAUCAACUUUAGCUGACUGUGGUCUGAGAGAUCUUGGCUAUGUGGGGGAUAAAUUCACUUGGAGGAAUCAUAGCCAUAGCGCUAGUAAUUAUGUCAAAGAGAGAUUGGAUCGUGCUGUGGCCAAUCGAAGCUGGUGCAUGCGAUUCCCUGGUUUUAAAGUCCUAAACGGAGACCCUAGGCACUCCGAUCAUCGUCCAGUCACCAUUUUGCUAAAUAAGGGCUAUACAAGUUAUAGAACUGGUGGUGCAAAUAAUUUCAGAUUUGAAGCUAAAUGGCUUGAGGAGGAAUGUGAAACAAUUGUCCAGAAUGCUUGGUCCACAGCGGUACUUCAAGGAAGAAACAAAAUCUCGGAGAGAUUAAGAAAUGUCUCACAUGAUCUGAAAGACUGGAAUCAUAACAUCCUAGGAAACUUAGAAAAGAGGAUAAAGCAAAUAAAAACAGAGCUGGAAGGUGUUAGAAGAGGCGAUAUCACACAAGAAAAGGUAUCUAGAGAACUCUUUUUAAGAGAGAAACUAGAUUGCUUGGAGCAUCAAAGAGACAUGUUUUGGAAACAAAGGGCACAUGUCAAAUGGCUGCAAUCGGGGGACAGAAAUACUGCUUUUUUCCAUGCUUUUGCGUCUGAAAGAAAGAAGAGAAACACCAUAAAAAAACUAAAGAAUGAUGAAGGAAAUUGCGUGGAGGGAGAAGAGCAGCUUAAAGAACACAUUGCAGCCUAUUUUUCAACUUGUUCUCGUCUUGGGCGGAACAAAAAAAUGAAUCAAUAUUAUGCGCAGUUUCCCCCAAAGUCACCGAAGACAUGAAUGAUAUUCUAUGUGCUGAAUACUCAGAAGAGGAAGUGAGGAAAGCUUUGUUCAGUAUAGGCGACCUCAAAGCGCCGGGCCCUGAUGGAAUGCCAGCUAUUUUUUUCAAGAAAUUCUGGGCCACUGUUGGAUACCAAGUAACAACAGAGGUUCUAAACGUGCUAAGGGGAGGGAAUAUACCAGAAGGCUGGAAUGACACGACGGCGGUCUUAAUCCCAAAGGUUUCACAUCCUGUAAAACCAAAAGAUCUAAGACCUAUAAGCCUUUGCAAUGUUCUGUACAAGAUGAUUUCAAAGAGGAAAAGAAGUGGAUCAGCAGGUUACGCGGCUCUGAAAUUGGACAUGAGCAAAGCCUAUGACAGAGUGGAGUGGAAUUUUUUGCGUGAUAUGAUGAUUAAACUGGGCUUUCAUAGGAGUUGGGUUGAAUUAAUCAUGAAGUGCAUCACUUCAGUUAGAUAUCAAAUUAAAGUAAAUGGAGAUGCCACAGAUGCGUCAAGGAGACCCCCUGUCCCCAUAUCUGUUCUUAAUAUGUGCGGAAGGUUUCUCAGCCAUGUUGAAUGAUGCAGAGAGAAAGGGAAGGCUGAAGGGAGUCAAAAUCUGCAGAGGUGCACCAAGUGUUGACCACUUACUCUUUGCGGACGACUCUCUUUUACUGCUUGAAGCAAAUGCAAACAAUGCCAAAGAAGUGAAUAAUAUCCUGGAGAAGUAUGAAGCAUGUUCGGGACAGAUGGUGAAUAAAGAAAAAUCAACAAUUCUUUUCAGUAAGAAUAUAAAGACGAGGUGUAGAGAUGUAAUGAAAGGAAUUUUGAAUAUCUCUACAGAAGGUCUAUCUGCACGAUAUCUUGGUCUUCCAGCUUAUAUUGGCAAGUCAAAAAAGAAGACCUUCAAAUACAUUAAAGAAAAAGUGUGGAGGAGAAUUCAGGGGUGGAAAGAGAAGCUACUCUCGAAAGCGGGGAAAGAAAUCCUAAUAAAAGCUGCGGCGCAAGCAAUCCCAGUUUAUGCAAUGGCUUGUUUUGAUCUAACCAAAUCAUUAUGUGAUGAAAUCAGUUCCAUGAUUGCGCAAUUUUGGUGGAGUCAGAUGGAUAAAACCAAUAAAAUACAUUGGGUUAGUUGGGACAAGCUCUCAAAACCAAAACUGACCGUAGGAUUGGGAUUUAGAGAUCUUCACUCUUUUAAUCUAGCAAUGCUUGCUAGACAAGCAUGGAGGCUCCUCCAAAAUCCUUCCUCUCUUUGUGCACAGGUCCUAGCAGCAAGAUAUUAACCAAACAAUUCAUUAUUACAAGCUGUACCAGUACCGGGUAUAUCAUAUGCAUGGAGGAGCAUCUUGAAGGGGAUUAAUCUCUUGAAGGAUGGCAUUAUAUGGAGAGUUGGAGAUGGGAAUAUGAUUGAUAUUUGGUCAGACCCAUGGAUCCCAAGAGAUUGCAGCAGGAAAGUUACUUCCCAGAGAGGCAGACACUUGGUAUCCAAGGUCUCAGAACUUAUUAACCCCGUCACUCAUAACUGGGAUUCAGAGUUGGUCCAUCAAACAUUUGCCCCUGAAGAUGUUGAACUCAUUCUCAGAAUUCCAAUUUAUGAACAUACAGAAGAAGUUUCUUCAAGCAGCAUAUGGAAGAAAUUGUGGAGGCUACCUCUACCAAACAAGAUGCUGCACUUUUUUUGGCGAGUAGCAAGCUACAGUCUACCACUCCGAAUGAAACUCCAAAGGAGAGGUGAAGCAAGGGUCAAAGGUAUCAAGCAAUGCAAAUUCUCAUAGAUGGUCUCCACCACCAGAAGAUGUCCUGAAGAUCAACACUGAUGGUUCUUUAAAAGAGAAGUCUUUUUCAGGAGGAUGGGGCUUCACCAUUUGCAACAACACUGGAAGUUUGAUAGCAGCAGGAGCAGGCAACCUAGUGCGAGUUUCUAGUCCUCUUCAUGCUGAAGCCCAUGCAAUGCUACAAGCAGCGAUCAUUGCUUCUCAAAUGGGUUGCCAAAACGUGAUUUUUGGAACUGACUCAGUGGCGCUUAAGCAAGCUGUCAAUUCUGAAGAUUAUGACCUAUCAUCCUUGGGAGCCAUGUUUAGGGAAAUUAAAUUUCAUCUUCGUCUUGGUUUCCAUGAUGUAACUGUUGUUAAUUGUCCAAGAACAUGUAAUGGUGCUGCGCAUAAUUUAGCUGCACAUGGUGUACUUAUGGAAGCCGACCAUUAUGAAACGUGGUUUGGCGAAUUUCCUGAGUUUGUAAAAGACUCUGUAGCUGGCGAUAUGUCCAGCCUAUUGUCAUAAUGGAAUGGUGUUCUGUUC